UUCGGGUUCCUCCCUCAUGCCCUCACGGCAACGGGAGCGCGAGCCCCCUCCUUUUUUUCCACAGGGGUAAGAACCAAAAGGAAAGGGCAAACUAAGAAUUGCUACCACGGGAGGGGGGGGCGGCUCCCAAAUCCGGCCCCGGCAAGCGGCAGGAGGCGGGGGUUGAUGGCCAUGAGCGAGGGCAGCUCUCCAGGGGUAACGCUUCCCGAAGCACCCGCCAGUGCGGGGGAGGGCGCGGUGGGAGACGCAGGCGCAGCCGCUCUGGCGGCGGGAACGGGAGGAAGGGCGAAACGCACGAGAGUCAAGGCAAUAAUGGAGGCGACGGACGAUCCCUUGCUGGGAAAAACGGUGGCUGUUAAGGGGUGGGUCCGCACGAAGCGAGACCAGAAGGCCUUUUCGUUCGUGGAGAUUAACGACGGUUCUUGCAUGAAGGGGGUGCAGGUCGUCAUUCCGCAGGACGUGCCUACCUACUCGGCGGUGGAGAGGCUGACGACGGGCGCGUCGGUGUCCGUUACGGGGGUCGUCGUGGAGUCCCCCGGAAAGGGGCAGCGCUUCGAGGUCAAGGCGCAAGAGGUGCACGUUGUCGGAGAGUGCCCCACCGAGUACCCCCUGCAGAAGAAGCGCCAUACCCUAGAGUUCCUCCGGGGCAUCGCGCACCUCCGCCCGCGGACCAACACCAUUGCCGCCGUCGCCAGGGUCCGUUCCGCUCUCGCCCAGGCUACCCACGACUUUUUCCGAGAGGAGGGAUUCCUGUACCUCCAGUCCCCCAUCAUCACCGCCUCCGACUGCGAGGGGGCCGGCGAGAUGUUCCGCGUCACCACUCUGCCCUCCGAGGUGUCUAAGGUGCCGACCCUUGAGGACGGCUCGACGGACUACUCCCAGGAUUUCUUCGGGAAGCCGGCGUUUCUCACCGUGUCCGGACAGCUGUCUGGGGAAACCCACGCCUGCGCGCUGGGCGACGUGUACACGUUCGGGCCCACGUUCCGCGCCGAGAACAGCCAGACGACAAGGCACCUCGCCGAGUUCUGGAUGAUCGAGCCAGAGAUGUCGUUCGCGGACCUCCGGGAUGACAUGGACAACGCGGAGGCUUUCGUGAAGCACGUGGUCUCUCACGCCAUGGAAGUGUGCGGCUCUGACCUUGAGUUCUUCAACAAGUUCUACGACAAGGAGCUUCUCCAGAGGCUCCAGAGGAUAAAGGACAAGCCUUUCGUCAGGACGGAGCACGAGCGCUGGCUGGCAGAGACGCGCUACGACACUGCCGUAUUCGUGUACGACUACCCCCGCGACAUCAAGGCCUUCUACAUGAGGGACAACGAGGACGGGAAGACGGUGGCGGCGAUGGACCUGCUCGUGCCCGGGGUUGGCGAGCUGAUUGGUGGGAGCCAGCGCGAGGAGCGACUAGAGCAGCUCGAAGCGAAGAUGGUGGAGUUCAACUUGAGCCCCGAGGACUAUUGGUGGUACAACGACCUGCGCAGGUACGGUAGCGUGCCGCACGCAGGCUACGGCCUCGGGUUCGAGCGGUUGGUUUGCUACGUCACCGGCGUGGAGAACAUCCGGGACGCCAUCGCCUUCCCGCGAUCGCCGGGCAGCGCAGAGUUUUGA